ACCCAGACCGUCUUGAAUUUCAAGAGGGACAACUCCAAUAUAAAGUGUUUUUUCUCAAAGUUGCCGGGAUUUCACGCGCAUCACACGUAUAUCAGCACACUCCUAACUGCCUUACCAAACUGAUAUUCCAUCAAAUAAGCCUCAUGUAUCAAAAUGGCAAUUCAUUUGUAUCUUUACUAAAUUCGACAGUCUCUCAUCACCACACAACACUCUUCACUUGCUUAAUCACUGAUGACUUACACAGAUUUUGGACGGAGUAAAACCUCUUGCUUCACCUCUUCCUCUCUGGUAUGACGUUUGAGAAAAUAACAUGUCGACGAGUGUUGUCCUUGAGGCGGAACUGAGCGAUUUCUGCUAGAUGGGCCAGCUGCAAAGUCAAAAUUGGCUAUAUUGUUAAACAUUGAAUUCAUUUAAGGUUAUAGUUAGGCAUUCGGGUUAGCAGUGUGGUUAAGGUUAGGGUUACGCUUAAAAUGUGAUUGUAUGACUUUGUGGCUGUGCCAGCUAGUGACCACUUUGCAGAGCUGCCUCCAGAACAACAGUCAUGACAAUAAACGCUAACCUGAGUGAAAAUAUGGGCACCUGCCUGUUGGCCUGCGUCGCUUCCUGCGCCACUUUGUUCCUGUGGUUUGUAUGUUUGUUUGAGUUUUUUUAGUUGCAUGGUUUUUAAGUUACAAGUAAAGAAGCAAUUGGUAUACAGACAUAAAGCGUUUUAACUGUAUUGUGAAGAGGAAUUGACUUGAUGACUGAAACGCUAACGAUUGAAAACCCCCAAAAAACAGUCAAUUUUGUUGUCUGCCUUCGCGUCACUCUGCCUGCUCAAUCCAGACUCUAGAACCGGACACUUUUCCAUCUUGUCACAUCUCGGCCUAUAUAACAUUAUUAACAGUCCAUCAAUAAUUGGAUGGAUGGGUCUCCUACACUGUUGUCAUGGAAGACAACAGAAGCCAUGGAAAAGGGAGGGCGCAUCACUUUAAUGUUUGCAACGUCUACUUUCCAGAGGCGGGAGUGUGCUGUGACUCUCUGCAAAAUCCAAUCGCAACGCACAGACACAUCAGCAUCCGACCACGGAAGGACCCACAUAUCUUUCAUCCAUCAUGUAAGAGCAAUGCCAUUACGUGCACACCUUUAAAAACUUGCUCCCAACUCAUCAUGUAGCCAGCUUCACGGGGUUCAAAUAAGAGACCACUCCCAUCAAUAGCAAUAAUCUCCGUCGCGUCCAUUGCGCUGAGGAAAACAUCACACUGUGAAAUGUCGCCUUGAUUGAUGCAUGACCAUAGCAUUCUACUGCAGCUGCACGCAUGUACUGAUUCCGCGGUUAACAACAUCAUAAGCGGUGCCGGUGCUGUCCGUCUCAGCACCAAGGACAGGGCUCGGGCACAGUCGCUGUGGCGUAGUUUAUAAACAAACUGCAUGCGCUCCAAAAAGGUGGCAACCUUUCUCACAAGCCGCUCUGGUUUAGUUGAACUGAUCAGCUGGGUUGAAAUUUCAAAUGAAGAGAACAUGUCUCGUUCCUACCUGUUCUUCCUCUCCUUAUGGAGCUCUGUUAUUGUGGUCGGACGCGGUUGUCCUGAACUAUGCAACUGCUCCGACAAAUACGGACGCCACUUCGCUGAAUGCUCCUACAAAGACUUGGUUGACAUCCCUGAAAGGCUGCCCCCCAACGUGACCACUCUGAGUCUCACCGCCAACAAAAUAUCUCUGGUGGAGUCGGGCAGCUUCGACAAUGUGACCCGAGUCACGUCCUUAUGGAUGGCCCAUAACGAGAUAGUCACCAUCGAACCGGGCACCCUGACUCCCCUGGUCCAGCUGAGGAACUUUGACGUCAGUCACAACAAGAUGGUGCAUUUCCCUUGGGAGGAUCUCCGUCACCUCACAGCCCUGCAGCUGCUGAAGAUGGACCACAAUGAGAUGGUCAGUCUGCCUAAAGACUCCUUCUCUAACCUCAAGGACCUGAGGUCUCUCCGCCUCAACAACAACAGGUUCACCACUAUAACGCAGGGGACUUUCGACAGCCUGACCUCCCUGUCUCAUCUACAGCUCUAUAACAACCCAUUCACAUGCCACUGCAGGAUGGACUGGCUGAGGGACUGGAUUCUAAACGCCACCAUUACGGUUCCAGAACAGAACUUGAUUGUCUGUGAAACUCCAGAGCAGUUGAGAGGAGCGGAGAUCGUGAAACUGUCUGAGUCAAAGUGCAUGGCCCCUAACGUCAGCAUAACGGCUGAGCCUAACGUUGAGAAUACGACACUCUAUGAAGGCACAGUGUUGAUCCUGAACUGUGAGAUCAAAGGGAACCCAAAGCCAGAGGUUAUCUGGAAAAUCCACACAAACCGUCAAAGUGUAGAGUAUCCUCUGUCCACCAAAGAUAAAGAAUCAGCAGAAUCCAAUGAAUCUAACGAGGAUUCUAGAACGACAGACAAUCCAUUUGAAAUGUUCCGUAACGGCACUCUAGUCAUACCGCGCCUUAGUAAAAAGGACAAUGGCAACUACAGCUGUUCCGCCACCAAUGAGUUUGGUAAAGAUGACGAUUCACUAUCAAUAGUAGUGGUAGAACCAAAACCACCACCACCUCAACCUGUUGGAAAAGUGAUUGACCCACCAGUUAUUAUUAAUGGGGAGAAAAUCCCCUCAGUACUUCAACCUGUGAUCAAAACCUCCAUUAAUAACCCUUUUAAACCAUUGAAUAUUCCCCAUUUGGAGGGAAAGUACAAUAUCUUCCCAACCCUUCCUCCCAUUGAAGUUGACACUGAGCGUACGGCGCAAGUGCCCAAAUAUCCAUCCCGUGCAACUAGCAAAUGUACCUUGACCAGUGAGACACAGUACAUCUCCAACCAGGCCUUCAAUUUAAGCCUGGAAGAUGUCAGGCAGUAUACCUUUGACUUUGGAGUCAUAGCCUUAGGGGUGUCAGAGACCGAGGCUAAAGUUAGACUCAAUCCUCUCCUCCUUCCUAAAGACGACACAGACAUCCGUCUCAGCGCCUCAGAAGGGUUCCAUUCCAUCCACAACCAAUCAGAGGUAACCAGGAGAGCCCGGGCGGACUCAGGGCUGUAUCUGUGUGUCACCUCAGACCACAGACACUCAGCCAUCCAGUGGUCCAGGAUGGAAGAUGGCGUCAACACCUAUCUGUUCCAGGACCUGCGCCCCGGCGCCAACUACUCCCUCUGUCUCACCUACAGAGGAGAGGACUGCGAGGUACAGGUCCUCUUCACCACCAGGAAGAGAGUUCCUAACCUGUUAAUCAUUAUAGUCGUCAGUAUCUGUCUCCUCACCGUCUCCACCGUGCCCCUGCUGGGGGCCACCUGCUUCCACCUGGUCUACAAAUAUAGGAACAAGACGUACAAGCUCAUCAUGAAGGCUAAAGACCACCAGCAUCACAUGGAGAGGAACCUAGUGGUCAACUUCAACCUGAGGAACUCGUACGCCGAGUCACAGACGCAGAUCACAGCCAGCGAGACGGGGGAGGGAGAGGACGGGGAGUCGGAGAGUGGGGGGGAGAGAGAGGAGGACGUGGAGGGGAGUGGGCUGACCGAGUCGUUCACUCUGUCUCAGUACAGAGGGAAUCUGGAUGAGUGUGAGAUGGGGUCAGAGUUCAGCGAUAGGUUACCACUCGGGGCAGAAGCUGUUAAUAUCUCUGGGCAGUACAACGAGCCACGCCACUGAUCCUGUUGUUGUUGUUAGUGUUUGAUAGAUCGUCUUGACUAGACAGGUUCUAGUCCUCUUCAGUCAGGAUCACAUGUAAUGUAAGUCUCACAGUAACUGUUUAUCGAUCCCAUGAGAGAAGAACCUGUGACCUGUCAUUUUUUCAAAAUGGCUGCCGUAUCAAUGACCUGGAUACAGUGUAGACAAAGUCAUAGGUGCUUCCGCUGUUGAAAGGAAAAGUAAAGAAGGUAGUUUAUGUACGCUGUGAAGAUUAUGUAAAAGAAAAAACCGUCCCUGUAGUAAAAUAUUUAAGCCUAUUCUAAAAAUAGACCCCUCUGCUCUUAACAGUGGCGUUUCCUGAGACUCGUGACAGUUAUUCAGUGCAGUCUGUCACAGGCAAGAAGGCAAAAAGCUUUGUAACUGUAUCUGAAAUGUCUCUUCUUUAAAGUAACAGAUGCACUUAUGAAUGUCUAGGUUUGUUAAUCUAUUGUAGGCUAUCAAUGCUAUUUUCUAUCUAGAGUGAAUGUCUAUGUUAAUCUAUUGUAGGCUAUCAAUGCUAUUUUCUAUCUAGAGUGAAUGUCUAUGUUAAUCUAUUGUAGGCUAUCAAUGCUAUUUUCUAUCUAGAGUGAAUGUCUAUGUUAAUCUAUUGUAGGCUAUCAAUGCUAUUUUCUAUCUAGAGUGAAUGUCUAUGUUAAUCUAUUGUAGGCUAUCAAUGCUAUUUUCUAUCUAGAGUGAAUGUCUAUGUUAAUCUAUUGUAGGCUAUCAAUGCUAUUUUCUAUCUAGAGUGAAUGUCUAUGUUAAUCUAUUGUAGGCUAUCAAUGCGAUUUUCUAUCUAGAGUGAAUGUCUAUGUUAAUCUAUUGUAGGCUAUCAAUGCUAUUUUCUAUCUAGAGUGAAUGUCCGCUUCACUGUUGCCAACAAACCCUUUAAGCUGUGUGUCACAAGCUAUUGUUGUACGUCAUUUUACAGUGACCUUUAACCCGGUAUUGUGUCAAUAAUAUACAGUACCAGACAAAAGUUUGGACACAAAAACCCUUGAAUGAGUAGGUCUUUAUUUGUAUUUUUUUUACUAUUUUCUACAUUGUAGAAUAAUAGUGAGGACGUCAAAACUAUGAAAUAACACAUGUGGAAUCAUGUAGUAACCAACAAAAGUGUUAAACAAUUUAAAAUAUAUUUUAGAUUUUAGAUUCUUCAAAGUAGCCCCCCCUUUGCCUUGAGGACAGCUUUGCCUUGAGGACAGCUUUGCCUUGAGGACAGCUUUGCCUUGAGGACAGCUUUGCCUUGAGGACAGCUUUGCCUUGAGGACAGCUUUGCCUUGAGGACAGCUUUGCCUUGAGGACAGCUUUGCCUUGAGGACAGCUUUGCCUUGAGGACAGCUUUGCCUAGAGGACAGCUUUGCCUUGAGGACAGCUUUGCCUUGAGGACAGCUUUGCCUUGAGGACAGCUUUGCCUUGAGGACAGCUUUGCCUUGAGGACAGCUUUGCCUUGAGGACAGCUUUGC